UCCCCUCUCUGCCCCCAAAAUGUGUAGGGCAUCAAUCAACAUUCAACAAUACAAAAUACAAUAGUGGUGAAGUGGUGAAGCCAAUAAUACUUCUCAAAGAGUGAAGAGGCAAGUUUUUCUAUUCUUUCUUUUCCCCUAAUUUUAACUUCCAUUACCUUCUUUUUCUUCAAUUUUAGUUCACUAUUAUUAAUACAGUUUUAACUUUAGCGCUGUUUUAGAGUCAUUUCACUUCUUAACAUUCAUAUCAUUAAAAAAAAAUCAUUUACUUUAAUUUGUUUACGUCCAAGUUUUCCCAUACAGUCAUACCCUACUACCUGGACGUUAUUUAUAUCGAGUUGUCGUUGUUAUUUUUAUAUAUUUGAACAAGAUUUGCUUUCCUUUUUUUUUCUUCUUUUAGCCCCCCAUAAAAAAGAGUCAUGAAUACUAUAACAGGAGGAAUAACAUUAGGUAAAAUGUCAAUAUUUUCUGCAUCAUCAUUAUUUUCUGCCUACGCCUCAUUAACAGCCUUAGUUACAUUAAUCCAACAAUUCUACAAUCAGUUCAUACCACAACCUAUAAGAGACUACAUUAGCCAAAAAAUAGAAGAAUGGUUUACUAAAACUACCACUUCAACUACACAAUUUACAUUAGUAAUCGAGCAAUACGACGACGGCGAUUACGACUACUUUAACCAGUUGUUUAACGCUUGUGAGGGCUACUUAGCUAGCAAGCUGAGGUCCACUUCAACUCGUCUCAAGGUUAGUAGACCCAGUAAAAAGGAUCACGUAUCCUUCAGGCUAGCUCAGGGGGAGAGGUUUUUCGAGGAAUUCGAAGGGAUUCAAUUAGAGUGGAGUUUCAUUUGCAACAACAAUGCAAACCAUAGUAGUACUAACAACAAGAGUAACGGUAUUCAUCAUCAGUCUGAUGUUGUUAAUGCAAUGAACAAAUCUCGUGUAGGAAACAACUACUAUUUCGAACUCUCAUUCGAUUUAGAACACAAAGAUAGAGUCUUCGACUCUUAUCUACCACACAUAAUCAAGUUCUACGACGAAAUGGAAGAGCUUAAGAAAGACUUGAAGCUCUUCACACUUGAUUGUGGGGGUGGUAAAACUGGUAGCUGGAGAUCUGUCAAAUUCAAACAUCCUUUCACAUUCGAUGCAUUAGCCAUGGAACCGGAUAUGAAAAAGGCGGUAGUUGAUGAUUUGGAUAGGUUUUUAGGGAGAAGAGAGUUUUACAGGAAAGUUGGUAGAGCUUGGAAAAGAGGGUACUUGUUGUACGGUCCACCUGGUACAGGGAAAUCUAGCUUGAUUGCAGCAAUGGCGAAUCAUAUCAAAUUUGAUAUAUAUGAUUUGCAGCUUUCUUCUGUGAUUAAUGAUUUGGUUUUGAGAAGAUUACUUCUUUCAACAUCGAAUAAGUCAAUUCUUGUGAUUGAAGAUAUUGACUGUAGCUGGGGGUUAGCAGAUCGACAAAUGCAUCAUCCUGUUGCUGAAGUGAAGGAUAUUAGAUAUGGGAAUGGGAGUGAUUAUGAUAUGGUUUCCCAGUCGCAGUCACAGAUAUCACUGUCAGGUUUGCUGAACUUCAUAGACGGUCUAUGGUCUAGUUGUGGUGAUGAAAGAAUAUUCGUGUUCACAACAAACCACAAAGAAAAGCUUGAUCCUGCAUUAUUAAGACCAGGAAGAAUGGAUAUGCAUAUAAACAUGUCUUAUUUAACAAUGCCUGGUUUCAGAAUCCUUGCAUUAAACUACCUCAAUAUUUCAGGUGAACAUCACCUGUUUAGAGAGAUUGAACAAUUGAUUGAAGAUACGAAAGUGAGCCCAGCUCAAGUUGCAGAGGAACUAAUAAGGAGUGAUGAUCCUGAUAUCGCGCUUUCUAGUCUUGUUAAAAUGCUUAGAGAACAUCAAUUGGAGCAAACACAAAAGAUGAAGAUGAUUAACUUUCCAAAUUUGAGUAAUGGGAAGAUGAAUGGGAAUCACAAUGGGAAUGGUCUUGGUAAUUAUACCAAUGGUGUUGUACAUGAUUAUUCAGAUGAAUUUUCUAGUGACUAAUUAAUGUUGAUUAGCUAGAUUGAUUAGUAACUAAUGUUUUAUCUGAAAACUUGAAAAAAUGUUCUCAUUUGUGUUAGUUUCGAUUUUUGAUUUCACGAAAUAAAGGCGUAGUAUUAUGUUUUUGAUCA